AUGGAGAAGUUCAAUCGAUUCGCUGUCCCGUCCGAACCGGGUCUCACCAAUGCUCAACUCAUGCUCCAGAAUGAGGAUCUCAAGCCUGUGGAAGCGGAACGUCGCGUGUGGACAUCCAAGAACUUUGUAUUUUUCUGGAUCAGUGAUUCCUUCAACAUCAACACAUGGAUGAUUUCCUCUUCCAACAUCGUCGACGGCUUAUCCUGGUGGCAGUCCUGGCUCUGCGUCUGGAUCGGCUACGGAAUCACCGCCGGCUUCGUCGUGCUCACCGGUCGCAUCGGAGCGAAAUACCACCUCAGCUUUCCCGUCAUCGCUCGAGCAUCCUUUGGCAUCUGGGGAGGUCUCUGGCCCGUCCUCAAUCGCGCCGCCAUGGCAUGCAUUUGGUAUGGUGUGCAAGGCUGGAUCGGCGGGACGUGCGUCUACCUGAUGAUUCGAUCGAUUUGGCCUUCGUGGGAUGCAUAUGGUCCCGAAGGGAGUAAAAAUUCCAUGCCUGCAUCCUCGGGAACUAACACGCGCGAUUUUGUGAGCUUUUUCUUGUUCUGGGCUGGCAGUUUGCCUUUUUUGUGGCCGGCUGUGCACAAAAUUAGACACUUGUUCACGGUGAAGGCUGCUGUCGUGCCUGUUGCUGGUAUGGCAUUCUUCAUCUGGGCAGUCGUGCGAGCCGACGGGUUGGGGCCCAUUGUCAAGCAGCGUGGAGCGUUGCAAGGGAGUGCUUUGGCGUGGGCUGUGAUCAAAGGCAUCAUGAGCGCAAUCGCGAAUUUUGCCACAUUGAUCGUGAAUGAUCCUGAUUUCAGCCGUUUUGCGCGAACACCCAGAGACGCGUUUUGGUCGCAGCUUCUCACUAUCCCUAUUGGAUUUGCCCUCACCUCCUUUGUUGGAAUUAUCGUAUCUUCGUCUUCGACGGUCAUCUUCAACCUCGACGAACCCAUCUGGUCCCCCCUCACCCUCCUCACCAUGUUCCUCGAAGAACCCAACGUAACAGGAGCCACGCGCUUCGGCGUCUUCAUCAUCGCCGCAUCCUUCGCCCUCGCCCAACUCGGCACCAACAUCGCCGCCAACAGCAUUUCCGCCGGAACCGACUUGACCGCCCUACUCCCGCGAUGGAUUAGCAUUCGACGCGGAAGUUAUCUGUGCGCCAUUGUCGGCUUGGCCAUGUGUCCGUGGCAUUUGUUAUCCUCGAGCAAUAAUUUCACGACAUAUUUGUCUGCGUAUUCGGUGUUUUUGUCGUCGAUUGCGGGCGUUAUGUGUGCGGAUUAUUAUUUGGUGAGAAAGGGAUAUUUGCAGACGAAAGAUUUGUAUAGUGCGGAUCGAAAGGGGCCGUAUUUUUUUCAUGGAGGUGUGAGUUGGAGAGGAUAUGCGGCGUAUCUUGCGGGGAUUUUACCCAAUGUUGUUGGGUUUGUUGGGGCUGUGGGUGUUGAGGUGCCUAAAGGCGCAACCUACUUAUACAACCUCAACUUCUUCGGCGGCUUCAUCGUCGCCGCAGCAAUUUAUUGGAUUCUAUGCAAAAUCAAACCUAUUCCCGCAUGCAGCGACAUUUGGCGAGAAGUCGAUAACGAUGUCGAGUACGACGAAGACGACGUCGAUGAUGAUGUUAGUGAUGUGAGAGAUGAGAGAAGAGGUAGACGUAGACGUAAUUUGGCAUAUGGUGAAGAAGAAUCUGAUUCUGAUGCGAAGAGGCAGACGACGGAAUUGCCAAAGGGGGUUGUGUGAGAUGAGGGGAAGUGAAGGAUGAUGAAUGACUACCUUGGG